GCAAACAGAUCUAUAUCGAAGGUUGAAAUCAGAGAUUUGCAUGCACAAAGUGUUCGAUGUGGAGCGAUUCUUCAAAAAGCUACUCGAAAGUCACCGUAACUGCCAUUGCCAUUAUGUCGUUUUCUGCUCUGGCGUUUACCGCGCUGCGGCGCUUUGCACUGCGUAACGCAGGGGGCCGUGCGGCCGCCACCUCCGCUGUCACCGCAGAGGGCGCCCUCCGCGGCUUUCCUCGGUCCAUGGACCGCUACGUCGCGGAGUACUCGAAGCGCACCAUGGCCACGUCGGCACCGCUGUCCGCAGCCGCCGGCACCGGCGGAGGUGCGAAGGAGGCCGCUGGCGAGAAGGAUACGCCGGCGAAGGCGGGCGAAGGGCAGGGACCGAAGCACAGCGUUGUUUACACAAAAACGGGCGACAAGGGCACGUCGGCGCUGUUCACCGGCGAGCGCCGAAAGAAGACGGACCCAGUGUUCGAGGCACUCGGCGCACUUGACGAGCUGAGCAGCCACGUGGGACUGGCGAGGGCGAUGCUGCGCAGUUCUCCGGAGAAGCGCGAGCACGACGAGGAGAUGAUGGUGAUGCUGGAGGGCAUCCAGCAGGAGCUGCUGAACGCCGGUACCGUGGUGGCGACACCGACGGGCAAGAACGCGGCGGACGAGACGGCGAAGCGCAUGACGGACAUCCUGGAGGGGUAUCGCUUCCCGCCCAAGACGGCGGAGAUGGAGAAGGUGAUCGACGUGAUGGACAGCCGACUCGUGCCCCUGCGUAUUUUCAUUCUGCCUGGCGGUGGCAACGUGACGUCGGCGCAGCUACACGUGUGCCGCACGGUGUGCCGGCGGGCGGAGCGUCGCAUGAUUGAGGUGCGCGACCUGUACGGGGAGGGGUACAGCGACCACCUGCGGCAGGCCACCGUGUACGUGAACCGGCUCAGCGACUUUCUCUUCGUCGCUGCUCGCAGCGUGGCGGAAGAGGACAUCGUCCGUAAAUACGACUGA